AUGGCCCGAGUUGUGAGGAGAGCUGCUUCGGCUGCGGCCUGGCGCGCCCCCAGCCGGGCCAUCCAGAGGAGAGCUCGAAAGCACAAGGUUAUCAUGGAGUCGGUGACUCAGGAGAAGAAAAAGCUGCGGAGCGUUAUCUGUUUCGAGGCGAAAGCACCCACGGGUUAUACUUUCAUUCCCGCAGGAAACCCACUCUUAACUACAGCUUGCAAGGAGCGAUGUCGGCAAGAAGGUUCCCAGAUUCAUGCAGUCUCAACAACCCCUCAUAUGCACACUCACAAUCUCUCACAACAUGUCCACCGCAUAGGCUAUCAUUUCCCCAGCACGGUGGUCGCAGCAGUAUGCUCGGAGCUCGGACUAUAUCUGACCAGUACAGGAAAGGCGGUCUCCUUCCAUACACUUGGUACUGUGGGUGAUCGUCGCCCGCCGGACUCCGAGGUUUCCCAAGAAGUGAUCAAUACAGAGGCCAGAGAUGCGAUCAAGGAUCUGUUUCCCAACGUCCCAGACAAGGAUCUAUUUCAGAUUAUCAAAACUUCAUUUCAAAAGGGUCAACGCAAAGUCGGUACAGCAUCAGAACUACCUUUAGCUCGCCGAGCACAGUUAGCAGUGGUGGCCCAUGUCCGCCACCUCUACACUGACUAUGACCGACUUCUUAAACAGGGGUCAUUCCAAGAGGCCAGAUCUGCGGUAGAGCAACCCACCCUGGCCAAGGUUGUUGCAUGGCGUGGUGAUGAUGAGAAUGGCGAAACCGUCCUGGAAGAUGUUUUCCGGGAGGUCAUUGUCAUAUCAGAUGAUGAGGACAGUGAAAUCGAAGAAGAAUCGACCACUACCGACACACGGGACUACAGCGUGGAAUUUCUGUCGAACCCAGCCAGGACCCAUGAGAUUCAGACUCAACCUAUAAGUGCGGACCUUUUGACCAGCCAAGAUCCUAACCGCGAUCUCUCCGAGGAAGCGGGGCCUAGUUUCCGCAUUAUCUCCGAAAUGCCCGCUCAGAAGACCAUCGAUCGACGAGGAUUUAGCAGAUACCAAGCCUGGAACCGCGCUUUGCAUAGAUACCGAGCUGAAGUUCAACGCACCGAGCAGCCCCGGCUUGGUGACGUCUCCCCGGAACAGCAAAGUCCCCUAUAUGCGAAGCGACCUGCUGUCACCCAGGAGAGCUCGGAGCCUAUCAGGCGCCGGGAAAUCCCUAAGCCCAUGGAAUCCACUCCCAGAGUCAUACCAGGCCCUAUCUACGGGGAACCACCGGUUCAGCGAUUGCUCGCAGGCAGGAGUCACGUAGGUACUCUGGAAAGGCGUGUUCCACUAGAAGGCGAACGCCUAUUAUCCCAGUUUGGGCCCACGGGAAGGCCCCAAGCACUAAUCACACAGAAGCCGCAUGAGUUACGUCUUAGGGAAACCACUCCUCGCUGGAACGUUCAUAACACUCACCCUCAAGGUAAAACCCAGUCGAUUGUUGACUCAACGCGACUUGAAAGGAGUCACAUGCCACCCAAUGACCGUGCCAAUGUGCCCAUGUUUGUGAGCGGGCCUUCGGAAUUGCAACAGCAACAGAGCAAUGAAAGCAAAUUUGGUCCUAGGCCUGAAGCUCCGAUCCCUUCCCAGGUCCGACCAGCGGUAAUUGCCCAGGAUCAUGUUCUCCCUUCCAUUGAAGCUCCUUGGCCCUUGGAAAAACGGCGCCCGGAGUUCCGUUUAGAGCACUUGACUAAAAGGAUGUCGCUCCGUUCUGUAACACCAGUUCACCCACAAGGAGAUGACCAUGGCAGUGGAUCUGGCCCAAAUAGCCCGGAUGAUCAAAACUGCAAGAGGAGAAGAUUGGCUUACUACGCUGGUCUCCAGCCUGAUUCUCGUCCCGAUACGUGGAAUGCAAGAUCCAUUGGAAAUCCCGUCUCUGAAGAACAAGGGCCAAAGGUCCAAUAUCGCCGCGAUGAACUCGGACCCGAGCAUCGUCAACAGGAUGUGCAAUAUCUCCGUCGAGACCAUCUCCUUUCAGGGGAGCAGCCUUUGCGUGUAGGACACCUGCGGGAAAGACAAGCGGGCCUCUUUGCUCCACAUGUCACCAGUCUGGAUUCUAGACGGGACUUGGAUCGCGUACGUCCCGUCGACCAAUUGGGACAUGUGCCCAUGCACCCCUUCCAGCCCUCUCCUGGAACCAGUGGCACGGUGACAGCUGGUGAUCGAAUAUUCAGAGCGGCCCCGGAUGUCCCUCGCCCGGAAGUACGCUCGUACUAUGGUGAUCGUAGCCCCCACAUGGACCAGAGCCGUCCCUCCACCCUUGAGGAAUCGCGUCCUUCCCCCUGGAACCCCCGUAUUAAUGGUGACCGUCCUCUGGCUCAUAAUGCUCCCCUUGGGAAACAGUACGCCGAUGGCUUUGUUCGUUCCGUUGAUGCUCGCGAGGCUCGUCCGGCUGACUAUUUCGUUGAACGCCCACGACCUCAAUCUACUCGAGGGGAAAUUCUUCUCCAGCCAAGCCGGCCCAGGAACCCCGACCCAUUGCUUGCCAAUGAUCUUAACCAGCCUCGGGCGUCUUCCGAGCAACGUCUCCCAAGUCCUCGGGUGACGCAUAGUUCUCACCACCAGACAUUCAACCAUCUAGAGACUAUUCCCGGGAGCCGCCAGUCUCACGGACGUGUGCCCACCCCCCGGGAGAGACGGCCUGGCAGCGGGCUAAGCACCAUGCGACGUGUGCAUGACCCCCGAACAUUUCAAAUGGCGGAACAAAGCCGCCCUAUCUAUGUGCAACGAGUUGAAUCACAGCCACCUCAACAUCCUAUGUCUGAUGGAAGGCCUGUGCUCGUCAUGGACUGA